ACCGAUUGUAGAAAAAAGUAUUCACUUUCAACUGUGCGCGCAACAAACAGAAUAAGAAAGAAAAAAAAUUGAAAACGAUUUCAGUUGAUUUGGUUUCGUAGCUGUGUUAACAUCGUGACUUUUAUCUGUUUCUUUUAGACGAUUAUUUAAUUAACACUACUCAAAGAGAAAUCGGAAGUUUUAAAGGAAAGACGAGAAGCUUAAGUGAUGGAAUCGACAACAAUUCAAAAGUAUUCUGGAAAUGGAGAGCUUGACAUGAAGAUUGCCCAAUGGCUCCAAUGGGAUAUGAACGAGAAAUCAUUAAAUGAGAUUCAAUCGUUGAUAUCAAUGAAAGAUUGGCAAACACUUGAAAAACGAUUGUUGAAUCGGUUAGCUUUUGGAACUGCCGGCUUGCGUGGACCAAUGCGAGCUGGAUUUGAUUCAAUGAAUGAUUUGGUUAUCAUACAAACUGGACAAGGAUUGUCGAAAUAUGUCAAGGAAUGUUAUCCACAUGCAGAUGAUUUGAAACGAGGAAUUGUUUUGAGUUACGAUGGACGAUACAACAGCAAAAGAUUUGCUGAAUUAACUGCCUCGAUAUUUAUUAAUGAAAACAUUCCAGUUUAUCUCUAUCGAAAAAUGACAGCAACACCUUUCGUCCCAUUUUGUAUUGAGAAACUUAAUGCACUUUGCGGUGUUAUGGUGACGGCAUCACAUAAUCCAAAGGAAGACAAUGGCUAUAAAGUUUAUUGGACGAAUAGUGCACAAAUUAUCCCACCACAUGAUAAAAAUAUUCAAAACAGUAUUUCAAAGAACUUAACUCCGUUAACAUCAUCAUGGAAUCUUGAAGCACUCAACUCACCUCUUCUUAAAGAUCCAUUCGAUGAAAUGUUCACGAAGUAUUUCGAUGACAUGCUGAAGUUUAUUCCAUCAAACUUCUUAAAGUACAAUGAAGAAGCGCGAUUACAGAUUGUUUAUAGUGCAAUGCAUGGCGUUGGUUUUCCUUUUGUCGAGCGUGCGUUUGAAGUUUCGAGAUUAAAUCCUGUGCAUGCUGUCAUUGAGCAACGUGAUCCCAAUCCGGAUUUUCCCACCGUUAAAUUUCCAAAUCCAGAAGAAGGGAAAUCUGCUCUCGUUUUGUCAAUGAAACUUGCUGAUGAUGUUGGUUCGUCUUUGAUUCUUGCAAACGAUCCUGACGCUGAUCGUCUUGCUUGUGCUGAAAGAAAUCCACUGACAAAUGAUUGGCGAGUGUUUAAUGGCAACGAACUCGGUUCACUUUUAGGCUGGUGGUCAGUUCAAUGUCAUAAAGAGAGAAAUCCUGGAGCUGAUUUAAGAAAUUGUUAUAUUGUUGCCAGCACCGUCAGUUCAAAAAUGCUUCGUUCAAUGUCAAAGAUUGAUGGAUUUAAUUUUGAAGAAACUUUGACUGGAUUUAAAUGGAUGGGAAAUCGAAGCGUGGAAUUAUUGAGAAGUGGAAAGGAAGUUUUGUUUGCUUUUGAAGAAGCAAUUGGCUUUAUGUUUUCACCAGCUGUUCUCGAUAAAGACGGAGUUUCUGCUGCAGCUCAUUUAGCGACAAUGGCUUCGUAUUUAAAGAUCAAACAUAAUUUAAGUUUAACGCAGAAACUUGAUCAACUUUAUGCUGAUUAUGGAUAUCAUUUCUCCAUCAACAGUUACUUGUUUUGUUAUGAACCUGAGAAAAUUGAGAGAAUUUUUCAGAGAAUUCGAAACUGGAAUGGAAAAUCUGGCGAAUAUCCGGCGUUCAUUUUAAAUGGAAAGUUUAAGAUUGGCAGUGUAAGAGAUUUGACAACUGGAGUUGAUACGUCAGAGCCGAAUGGAAAAAGUUUACUUCCAGCAAGUAAAAGUUCACAAAUGAUCACGUUUACUUUGACAAAUGGCACUGUCAUUACUUUAAGAACAUCUGGAACUGAGCCUAAGAUCAAAUAUUACUCGGAAUAUUGCGCGAAACCCGAUGAAAAAGACUGGAAAGUCGUUCAAGAAAAACUCAAUGAGAUUGUUGAAGGGAUCGUCGAUGAACUUCUAGAGCCGAAGAAGAAUGAAUUAAUACCUCAAUCAAAAUAAACGGAAAGUGUUGCAUUUUAAAUAAAUUUUUUAUUAUUUUCUUUGUUUCAUGUACACUCAAUUUCUUUUAAAUAAAAUCUUCAAAUGCAUGAAUUGUGAAAGUUGAUUUAAUUGAUUUAACAGAUCUCAUCCCAAUAAUCUUUUUAACAUUUGAAACGUUUUCUACAAUUUCAUUCUUAUAUUUCCAUAAUGUCAAAUCCUUAAUUUGAUUGUUUUCGAAGUCUUCACAUUCUUCCUUUGUGUAUUCUUUAUUGCAACCAAGGUGAACCUUUGAUCUGUAAUGUUGAAGACGUCCAAACUCCGUUGAUAUGAACUCAACCUUGCAGUCUUUUCGAGAAGAAACUCCUUUUUUAAUGCAAACCAAAGGGAAAUGAUUGCAAAUCACAAGAACCUUCUGUGGAUUAAAGAAAGCUUUCAUAGCAAGUCCUUUUCGGGAAUGAUUUUGAGCACGAUAGAUAUGUCGAAGAAAGAAGAAAUCUUCGGGA